AUGGAGAAUCCAACGCCACCAGAGAAGCCACGACCGAAGCCACCAGAGAAGCCACCACCGAAGCCACUUUUCAGGGGAUUAAGGCUUACCGGGCAACAUGUCAAAAGUGGAGGAUACGACAAAGACAAGUUGAAAAUGUUCCUCCGAAGACUCAAAGCCGAAAACCAAGAAUCCGAACCGGAUAAUAAUCAAGAUCCUAAAACCCGCCCUUUGCCCAAAACUACCAGACCUGGUCAAGACCAAAACUUGCACAACAGUUUCAAACCUGGCACGGUCGAGGUGGUCAAAGGGAGCGGGAGCGGGACCGCACGACGUGAUUGGGUGAUCUCGAUAAAAGACAAGCUCGAUCAAGCAAACAGAGACGAUGACAGAACUAGCAGAGGCGAGCUCUGUAUCUACAAAGUUCAACAUUACCUUCACGAGAAGGACAACAAGUCGUAUUUCCCUCAAACUGUCUCGAUUGGUCCGUACCACCAUGGGGAAGAGCAAACCCGGUCCAUGGAGUGCCACAAAUGGCGUGCGCUUAAUAAGGUCUUGAAACGUACGAAGCAAGGCAUUGAAGUGUUUCUUGACGCCAUGGCAGAGCUCGAGGAAAAGGCUCGUGCUUGCUAUGAAGGUCCCAUUAGUUUGAACAGUGCCGUGUUCACACAAAUGCCUCUUCUCGAUGGUUGUUUUAUCCUCGAGCUCCUCAGAGGAGUGGCAGGAGGCGAUGAAGGAUUCUUGGAACUCAAAUACGAUCGCAACGAUCCAGUUUUUGCGAUGAGAGGAUCGAUGCAUUCGAUUCAACGUGACAUGAUAAUGCUGGAAAACCAACUUCCUUUGUUCGUACUUAACCGGCUCUUUGAGCUACAGAACCAAACCGGUUCAGUGGCGCAACUAGUAGUCCGGUUCUUUGACCCAUUAAUGCCAACGGCCGAGAUAAAUGCAUCAUCCAUUGACCCAUCCGGCUUAGGCGAAUUGCACUGUCUCGAUGUUUUCCGGCGAAGUCUUCUCUACCCUAGACAGGAGCCCAAGUCGUCAGGAAAUACAUUAAAAUGGGGUUCGCGCGUGGCCGACAAACGCCUACAACAAAUAGUACCUACCGUGACCGAACUAAAAGCUGCCGGUUUUCAGUUCAAGAGAAGAGAAACCGACCGGUUUUGGGAUAUUAAAUUCAACAACGGUUAUCUAGAGAUACCUAGUCUUCAUAUCCAUGACGGUACCAAAUCUCUCUUUUUGAAUCUCAUAGCUUUCGAGCAGUGCCACACCGACUCGAGCAACGACAUAACAUCCUACAUAAUUUUUAUGGACAAUUUAAUAGAUUCUCCUGAAGAUAUUGGUUACUUGCAUCACCGUGGUAUCAUCGAACACUCGCUAGGGGAAAAUUCUGAGGUUGCGAAUGUGUUCAACCAGUUAUGUCAGGAAGUGGUUUUCAACACCAAUGAUAUAUAUUUGUCUCAAUUGUUGACUGAGGUUCUUCAAUGUUAUCACCAGAACUGGUUCAGGAAGUGGAAUGCUUGGAAGUCGACUUUGAACCACAAGUACUUCGAUAACCCUUGGGCAUAUUGCUCUUUCUCCGCAGCAGUUAUUUUGCUGAUUCUCACAUUAUCUCAAACUUUCUUUGCUGCUUAUGAUUAUUUUAAGCCAGAUUCUGAAUCUUCAUGAUUACUAUUAUGUGGUUUUCUAUUUCGUUGUAUUUUGGAAUGCUUGAUUUCUGUGACAUGUUGUAUUUUCUUCGUAUCAAAAUAAAAAGUUUG